AUGGGUGGCGACCUAAAUCUCAAAAAAUCAUGGCACCCUGUGCUCAUGAGCAACCAGAAGAAAGUCUGGGAGGAGGAGAAAAAGGCACUCGAGGAGCGCAAGAAGAUCGAUCAGAUUAUGAAAGAGCGCGCCGAAGAGAGGGCGAUUCAAGAACUCGAAGAACUGCAGGAGGCCGCUGGCGGGAAGAAGAGACAUGCUCGUGUGGACUGGAUGUACAAUGGACCCUCGAGCGGCCAGGCCGGCACUAGCGAGGAGAUGGAAGGCUACUUGCUGGGUAAGAGGCGGAUAGAUGGGUUGCUCAAGGGCACCGAGAACCAGAAACUGGAAAAAUCCGCAAAGGAGGAUUCGUUCAUCGCGGUGCAGAAUGCAAACACGGCGAGAGAUACGGCAGCAAAGAUCAGGGAAGACCCUAUGCUGGCGAUCAAGAAGCAGGAACAGGCUGCCUAUGAAGCUAUGAUGAAUGACCCGGUCAAGCGGAGGCUGCUGCUGAAGGCGGCCGGCAGGGAGGAUGACGAUCGGGAACGGGAUCGCAAAAGGAGAAAACAUCACCAUCAUCACCGUCGCCACAGUCAUCGCGAUGAUACUGACAAACCCGAAAAGUCUCGUUCAUAUCGAGACGACUAUGAGGACAGGCAUGCAAGAAGUAGACACCGGCGCCGCAGAUCAUACACUCCUUCUGAGUCUCGAUCCCGCUCGAGAUCUCCUCCACGGAGGUCCGCGAGAUCACGGUCCCGCUCCCCUUAUUGGAGAAGACGUUCAUAUUCACCUGAAGAGAGACGACGACCGCGAUCUCGGUCCCGAUCAAAUUCUGCGCCUCGAAGGAACGGGCACAGCAACGGCGUCCGGAAAAUGCAAAGCUGGCAUUCUUCUUCGAGGCCUGAGCCGCCGAGGCAUCGAAGUCCACGUCGGGAACAGAAGAAAGAAGAUGCCAACGAAGAAGACCGAGCAGCAAGAUUAGCUGCGAUGCAACAUGAUGCAGCCGACCUCGAUCACCAACGAGAACAAAGACUGGCGGGAAUUGCAGAACGGGAAAGAGCCGAGAGGGACCGAGACGACGCUGCUCGAACUAGGACAGCCAAACACGGUGGUCGAGCAGACUUUGUCAAUAGCUACCAUAAAAGGGCUGGGGAUAUGACUUUAGGGGAGCGCAUGGGACGCAAUGGGGCAUCGCAGCGAGAGGACGAUGAUUGA